AUGCACGAUCUGGCACCGACCGCCGCGUCUCCACCGGAGCCCAAUCCUGGAGAGGGACAGUUACCUCGAGGAGCCACCGAGAGGCGCUUUCGUCAACGCACCGAGGCCACGCGCGAGAGGGACGUAUUCAGACAUUUACUGCCGUGGGAGGAAACGUACAGCCCGAAAUCACUCCGCCGACGAGCCUUUCCCAAGGAUGGCACAGGCCAUGCCGCCUUACUGGAAGCGUGUCCAGACACAGCCUUGGCAGCUUUUGCGCAACUGGUCGCCCUUCGUUUGCAGGCUCGCCGAUGUCUUGUGAGUCUGAUCUCAACGCAGACCGAAUUUGUGCUGGCAGAUCUUGCAAAAACCACAGCUCUUCAACACAAUGCCGCCGCCGACGACCCCCAGGAUCGCCUAUGGAUCGGCACCAGCAGUUUUCCUCGUCAGGAAGGAAUCCAUGAUGAGGCCGUCAACUCGUGGAGGAAGGCACGACGUAUGAGGGAUGUGCCGGAGGAGGAAGGCCACUACUACACCGAGGGCCUCAGUCCACACUGGAACCUCGUCAACGAUGCCCGACAUCAUGCAGGCCAUAGUGGAUUAGCGUUUCUUCGGAGUGCUUCAUGGAUACGGUCUUGUGUUUCAGUUCCUCUACGAGGAGCUCAAGGAUCAGUCCUCGGAGCCAUCACCGUACUCGACGACAAACCGAGGUACGGCAUCAGUGCAAAGGAAAUGGAUUUCCUAGAAGACAUUUCAGACACCGCUGUUGAGCAUCUCAACGCAACAAUCGUGCGGUCUCAACGCCAGCGAGGCGAAAGAUUGAUUCAGGCGCUCGGCUUGUUCAAUAGCGGCAGAACUAGUCUGCGAGACUGGUGGCUUGGCCAGGAUGAUGCACGAGUACUUGGGAUGGGUAGACAUGCCGCGAAAGGUGGCUCACAGGAACGUCAAGCACGUGUCGAUGCGGAAUUUGGCAUGCAUCCAGAGGUGCUCGAGCCGUCAGGUCCAGACAAAAGUGGCGCCCAAGGAGAGUCGCAGGAUCAUGAAGACUACUUCGGGGCUCAGAAUGUGCAACGGCCGGAUCGAAUUGCCAGCGAACUGCCCGCAGAGGGGACUAUCUCAGCGUAUGGCACUGAGUCUGACAAUUCUUUAAGCCACCUUCGCCAAUCCAAACUUGAGCGUCCCGCCGAUGUGAGCGAUCCGGCCACAUCGUCCACAGCUGCAUAUGCCCGCGCUAGCAACCUGCUUAGGGAAGCAAUUGGCGUUGAUAGUGUCGUGUUUGCCGACGCCAGCACGGUUACUGGCACUUCCCAGCAUCACGAAAGGGGCACGUCAGAAUCGUCUGACACAGUUUCCAACUCUGUCGUCAACGAAGACAGCUCACAAAUUCGACUGAGUGACGUCGAAACCUCGGAUUCUGCUCCUGAGGCUUCAAAACUGUGCAACUUGCUGGCCUUCUCCACACGUGGUCGCACAGGCACAUCAGGCUUGCCAUCGGCAUCGCAACGCUUUGCCCUACCAGAGCAUCAUCUGCAACGACUCAUCAAGCGCUACCCACAUGGGGUCGUCUUUCACUACGACGGAGAGGGCCGGUGCUCCGCUAGCUCAGACGAGGCCAGCGACCCUUCGAGCAACGAAGAGUAUCAUGUGGAAAGGACGCGACGGUCAAGAGACGGUAAACUUCUCUCCAAAUCCAUGAACGGUGCCAGAACAGCCGCAAUGUUGCCCCUCUGGGACGACUCGAUCGGCCGUUGGCGUUCCUGCAUCAUCGUAUGGAGCACGUCAUCCGACCGGUAUUUCGAUCAAGAAGAGGAGCUUACUUACCUCAAAGCAUUUGGGCACUCGCUGGGGGCGGAGCUUUCAAGGCUCGACAGUCUGGCAACCGACAAGGCCAAGAGCACGUUCUUAUCAUCCAUCAGUCACGAGACGCGCUCACCUUUGCAUGGCAUCAUGGCUGGUGUGGAAUUCUUGCAGGAAACCGAUUUGUCACUGUUUCAAGAAGAGAUGGUACUUACGAUCAGUAUGGCUGGAAGAACGCUUCUGGAUACCAUGAAUCACAUCCUUGACUACUCGAAAAUCAGUAACCAUUCAAGGGGGCAGAGAACAUCGCGCAGAAGCGGAAAGGGCAGCACUGGCUUACUCCAUACAUCUACCUCUCGGCCAAAUCUCGACGAGACAGGGGCUGCAAGCAGUGUUGAUCUUGCACGGCUGACCGAGGAGGUUGUGGAAACCACUGUGAUAGCUUACAGAUCACAGUACCAGACGCCCCUGUCCCCAGGAAAUCGUCAAUCUUUCAUAGGAAGAAAUAGUCUACAUCAGGAGCCACCGUCCUCCGACGGAAUUACUGCCAAUGGGGAUGAUUUUAGCGUUCUUCUCAACAUCGACUAUCGCAAGAGUUGGGUGGUGAAGAUAUCGCCUGGUGCAUGGACUCGAAUCUUGACGAACCUCCUCGGCAACGCGCUCAAAUACACUUAUGGAGGCCACAUCUCAGUGCGUUUAACGGUCGGUGAUUCGGACAGUCGAGGCACGUUACAAACAGCGCUCGUCCAGCUUGUAGUUGAAGAUACGGGAAUAGGCAUAUCUGAGGCAUUCCAAAGGCAUGGCCUCUUUACGCCUUUCAAGCAAGAAGAUACCCAUUCCACGGGCACCGGUCUUGGUCUCAGCAUCGUCAAACAGCUUGCAAUGGACGUGGGUGCAACGCUGGAUCUGAGCAGCAAGCAGGGCAGGGGCACAAAAGUCACUCUCGUCUUCCCGGCAACGUUUGCGGUUGAGAGGGACGCCAAAGACUCGGCAUUCACGACGGAUUCAGUGCCUGAGGAUUUGGUCGUUGAUCAGUUUCACUUGCUCACUCCAACAACCGAAGGUGCAGACGGCGAUUGCGCUCCGGAGCAACUCGUCGGAGACUCUAUUCUUGAGACUGCCGACGAGUGGCUCCAUUGCAACGCAAUACAGGGACCGAACAUACCUACGAUUGACGGGAAUUCGGUAUGUGCCAUUACAGAGGGCCAGCUCAUCGCUCUCGAAAAGAAGUCGCCCACCUUCCUUCAGAGCCUCUUGGAUCGAGCUUCCAAGAGACAUUCGCACCUCUUGAUCCUUGGUCGCUCUAUCUACUCAUCAACAUUUACGCCAAGGAUGCAACUGUCUGCCAUUACGCCGGUCUUUGUACACCAGCCCAUCGGACCACGCAAGCUGCUUCGAGCGAUUGCCUCAGAUCGAUCUUCAUCUUCGCAAGCGGAAAGAACCCGACCGUCCAUUUCUUCGCCUCCUAGUCAGACUGCCAAAGUGGCCGUCGGACGCUCGACGUUGACGGUGCAGGAAAACGUCGAAAACUCUCGCUUCCAGCAGAACUUACCGUUGCCAUCGGUGGACGGCUCUGACGCUGACGAAUCGUCGCCGUCCGUCCAGAGUGGCUCUACGAAGAUCACCCCAUUGCCAAUGUCAGAUGCAGCCGACAGCACACCUCUUUCUGCGAUCGCCAACUCGACCGCAUCUCGAUCUGAUACUGGCGACGCGGAGAGUGAUUGGAUACUACUGGUAGAAGACAACGAUGUGAACAUGAAGCUCCUCAUUGCGCUUUCAAAAAAGCUCAAGUUGAAAUACCAAUGCGCCAUCAACGGCCAAGAAGCCCUCGACCUCUACCGCAUAUCGCCAGACAGGUACUUCCUGGUGCUGAUGGACAUGUCGAUGCCCAUCCUCGAUGGCUUCGCGGCCACGUCGAAGAUACGAGAACACGAGAAGAAGCGAAAGCUGGACAGGACGGCCAUCGUGGCGCUUACAGGAGCCACGACAGAGGAAUCUCGGAAGCGGGCGUUUGAUUGCGGCGUGGAUGAGUACUACGCGAAGCCGGUGCGGAUGACAGAAUUGAAGAAACUGGUCAACAGGAUACAGGAACAGUAG